AUGGCAGAGAGGGCUAAUAGAAGGGAAGUAUCGGACUCCGUGUUGGCGGCGUGUCGCGCGUGCCGAUUCGUACGACAAUUAAAACUGGCAGGCAAUCUGGCUCGGUCUCCCGUGGCGGUGGGUGGUAGCGGCGGUGGCGGUGGAGGCAGUGGAAGCGGCGGAGGAGGAGGUGGUGGAAAUGGUAGCAGCAACAGCGGCAACGGGGGUGGCGGCGGAUCUGGCGGCGGUGCUCGGGGAACAGAGCCGGCUGCCGCUUCCGCCGUAUCCGUGGCCGUGGAUAAUGUCGCCGGUCAAUCGAGUGCACCUCAGAUAAUCGAAUGGGAGGAGACUGAUCGUUACUCCUUCGACGAUUCUGACCGUUUCGAAGAGGAUUCUCUAUGCAGCUGGAGUAGCGAGCCGGAGUCGUUGUGUAAUAAUUGGAGAGGAUGGCGACGGCCUAUCGCUGGUUUCGGCUUUCCCAAGAAGUCUACGGAAGAUGGACCAACAGUGCCGACGCUGUGCGAACUUGCCGCGCGAUGUGUCGCCUCUCACAUCCCGUUCGAACUGGUGGAGCACGUUUAUCCACCGGUUCCAGAGCAAUUGCAGCUCAGGAUAGCGUUCUGGAGUUUCCCGGACAACGAGGAGGACAUAAGGCUCUACUCUUGUUUGGCGAACGGAAGCGCAGACGAAUUCCAACGUGGGGAACAUUUCUUUCGGUCGAGGAGCGUCAAAGAUCCUCUACAAAUCGGGUUUCACCUGAGCGCCACGGUGAAUUCACAGGGGUUAUUGAACGGGGUAAGAUCGCAGUUCAAUGUGGCUGUGACGUUCGAUCGACGGAAGAUCACGUCGUGCAAUUGCACCUGCUCGUCGAAGGCCUAUUGGUGCGCUCAUGUGGUCGCCGUGUGUCUUCACAGGAUACACAUGCCGACACAGGUGUGCUUGAGAGCUCCAGUUAGCGAAUCCUUGUCACGUUUGCACCGGGAACAACUGCAAAAGUUCGCGCAAUAUCUCAUCAGCGAGCUACCACAGCAGAUUUUGCCCACUGCCCAACGAUUGUUAGACGAGCUGCUGUCGGUUCAACCGAGUACCAUCAACAGUUAUUGCGGUGCUCCGGAUCCCACGGCAGGCGCCUCAGCCCACGAUCAAACGUCUUGGUAUCUCGAUGAGAAGACACUGCACGACAACAUCAAGAAGAUCCUCAUCAAGUUCUGCGUGCCCGCUCCGAUUGUCUUCAGCGAUGUUAAUUAUCUGAGCACCACUGCGCCUCCUGCAGCUGCCGAGUGGUCCUCGUUGCUGCGACCGCUGCGUGGUCGCGAACCGGAAGGCAUGUGGAACUUGCUGUCGAUCGUGCGCGAGAUGUUCAAGAGGACCGAUCGCAACGCUAUACCAUUGUUGGAGAUCAUCACCGAGGAGUGUAUGGCAUGCGAGCAGAUCCUCGUAUGGUGGUUCAACACAAAGGUAGCUUUGUUGAACGGAACCGGAUAUGGCGGUAAGCACAACAUGAACAGCAAUGUGCACGCCUCGCAGCACGCUUGUUCGUCCCUCUGCGAUGAGAUUGUCGUUCUAUGGCGACUGGCUGCCUUGAAUCCUGGAUUAUCGCCCGCCGAACGAGAUAUGCUGCACGGACAGUUUACUGCUUGGCACAUGAAGAUCAUCGACAAGGUGACAAAAAGCCGGGGCAGUUCGGUGACGCACAAUUCACAUAACAGAAAUAAUGGCGGUGGUCACAAGGAUUCAUUGAAGAACGACCUGGCUGUGUUCACCGGAUUUAAAUCGGCGCUCGAGGCGUGCUAUCUGGAUUGGGAGGAGUACACCUUGCCUGGUAUCACGUACACCGCCGGAAGCAAUCCCAUGUAUCAUUGUCCAUUCACCUGCUUUCGGCAUGCUGGCGAUACUAGGACCGAGGUGAACCAGGUGAAUUCGAGUGCAGCCGUGUUAAACUGUCAACCGCCCGUUUCCCAUCACCACGGUCGACGACCAUUGAGUUUAGGACUGGUAGAAUUUAGUUAUAUGGAUAGAAGACGGCUGAACCCGCGAGAGUGUUCAGGAUUAUGUUCACGAAGCGGUGGCGGUGAUGGAAACCGAAGCAGCGUCAGCUCAGAAGGUUUCUGCGAGAAUGAGACCGACAUGCCCGACAUUGCCGAGCCUCAAGUAGUUCUCGUUAGAAGAUCUUGCGCUCAACUAAAUAAUUGCGGGGAUACAGACUCGCAGGAGGGUGGUGGCAGCGAGUCGUCCUCGAACAGUAACGUCAGUCUGAAGAACGCUCAAAACUCGGACAAGCACCGCUCAAAUGCUUCGUCCGAGACCCAUAGUGAUAGUAGUGAUAGUAGUAAUAACAAAGCUGCCUGCGAUGCGAAGUGUAGCAGGACGAAUCUCGAUUAUCGGGAGAAAUCGCGAACGGUGUUGCCUAAAGGAAAUAGUUCGAAGAGCGAGCAGGAGUCUGACCUAGAAAAAGAUCCUUCCAGAAGACCAUCUAAGGACGAGAGCUCUUCGUCGAGUAGCGACAGCCCGUCUGGUGACGAGUAUCAUGUUUAUUAUUAUGAUCCUAAAGCUGUGGUGAAUGGCGCUUCGGGCAAAGACUCCAAGAAUGAAUCACAAUCAGCGUCCACUGCAAACGCGAGUACAGUGUUGGGCAAUCUAAUGAAAACAGAAGAUCCAUGGGACAUCCUAUUCGCUAGGGCUGAGGGACUCUACGCUCACGGCCACACGAGGGAAGCUUGUAUUUUGGGUGUUCAACUCGGCGAGGAACUGUUGGCUAAUCCACCAAAUCUCAUGAUCGAUGAACCUCCGGCGCCGGUGAAGGGGAAAAAGAAGAAGCAACAAGUAAACCCGGCGUCCCAUCAGCUCACGUGCCUUGCGUCCGCCACCUUGGCCAAAUGUUGCUUCCUGUGCACAGUCCUUGCGGAGAACCCGGAAUACUACAACCUAGCGUUCAGGGUUGGCUUAUUUGGUCUCGAGAUGGCUAGACCACCUGCCAACACGAAACCGUUGGAGGUUAAAUUGGCUCAUCAGGAAAGCGAGUUAGUUGGAUUAUUAAAGAAAAUCCCGCUUGGUCCAGCUGAAUUGACAAUGGUUCGGCAAAGAGCGGAACAACUGAAAGACGGAGUACUAAGGUCCAGAGGUCACGCGUUGCUUCCAAUCAUGUUGGCUAGCUUCAUAUUCGAUGCCCUUAACACGUCAAGAAUAAAACACCUGUCCUCAGACGUUGACGAGAACCUUGGGUUCGACGCGGCCGUUGCUGCUUUGGGCUUGAAGGCGAAUGUGAGCGAAGCUGAUCAUCCUCUUCUUUGCGAGGGAACUAGACGCCAGAGAGGAGAUUUAGCCAUCACAUUGCUUGUUCACUACAAGGAUGAUCCUACAAAGGUAGCGAGAAUCAUGGAUAAAUUGUUGGAUCGAGACGUUCAUCAAUUGAUUAAGUCACCAAUCCUUAGUAGCUAUUAUACCUCUAAUCCUCCAACUAAGAGUGAGAUGACAAGAUAUCUUCAUGACGAAGAGUGUUCUUCUCCCCUUGCUGGAAUGGAUGCUGGAAAUGGUGAUAGUGUCGUUGGUACCAGCAGCAGACCACAUAGCAGUACCAGUGCAGAAUUGGAAACUGGUAUGAGUGCACUCACGGUUCAGACGCAAAUCGUUCAACAACCUGUGCCUGCAAGAGCUAAAGAAACAAGAUACAAAAGCAAGAGAGUAUAUCCAUCAAUCCCCAACCAGCCAUCAGAAGCAGGUGCACACUUUAUGUGUGAGUUGGCAAAGACUGUUCUCACAAAAGCUGGUGGUAACAGUUCCACCUCUUUAUUCACGCAAGCAUCCACGAGUCAGAAUCAUCAUGGACCACACAGAGCUCUGCACAUGUGCGCUUUUCAACUUGGUCUCUACGCUCUUGGGCUUCAUAACUGCGUCACUCCUAACUGGCUCAGUCGUACCUACUCCAGUCAUGUGUCCUGGAUCACUGGUCAAGCGAUGGAAAUAGGAGCACCAGCGAUCUCGUUCCUAAUCGAAAGUUGGGAGGGGCAUUUAACGCCUCCUGAAGCUGUUGGUAUAGCCGACAAGUCGUCCAGGGGAAGCGAUCCUAAUAUGGUUCGAGCAGCCGCAGAACUCGCUCUGUCUUGCUUACCGCACGCUCACGCGCUCAAUCCUAACGAAGUACAGAGAGCCAUUUUGCAGUGUAAGGAACAAAGUGAUCUGAUGUUAGAGAAAGCUUGCAUCACGGUGGAGAACACGGCAAAGGGAGGCGGUGUUUAUCCAGAAGUACUGUUUCAAGUGGCCAAAUAUUGGUACGAGCUGUAUCUCAGGCACACUCCUGGUGGAGAACAGCAAGAUGAUAUGCCACACGAUCCUCUUCAACUAGAUCUUAACGGAGUGCUUCUGGUGGAACCUGGUCCUCCAGUGGACAUGACCACUGCACAAAUGAUGCCUGGACCAGCUCAAGCGGUUGUUGUGACCAGCACACAACCUCCUCCUCAACCAUAUCCAACGCAUCCAACUAUAACCACGCUAGCGCCUUUAGGAGUUGGUAUGCCAUAUGCAGUGAGCCCUUACAGUUUUGUGCAUCCUCACCAUUCAAUUCCAACUUUUGGUGGACCGAUGCCAUCACAUAGGGUAACUCUACCACCAGCACCACCACAUAUGCAAAUGUAUCAUGCGGCAUUUCCGCCUCAUCCGGGUCAUCCACAGCAUCCGCAACAUCCCCAACAUCCCCAACAUCCUCAGCAUCCACCACAUCCGCCACAUCCACAGCAUCCGCAACAUCCUCAUCAUCCGUCACAACCCGCGCAACCACCAUCGCUGCCGCCAUAUUACACGCCGCAACCGCCACCACCACCGGGAACUCAUCAUUUGUUCACCAUGCAACAACCUAUGCCAGUUAAUGUUCAAGCUGGAGUUACGGGACCUAUUCCCGGGCAGAACAACAUGCCUGGGUCUGCUCUAGUUCAGGCACAGCCUAUAAUAUCCACUGUAAGAACUCAGCCUCAGGUCCAUAGACAAUCCCAGCCCUUCAGUCAGCAGCAGCUUCGUUCUCUAGUUGCUGCAUACCGUGUGGGAAUGUUAGCAUUGGAAACUUUAGCUCGUCGCGUACACGACGACAGACCUCAGGCAAAAUACGCGCGGAAUCCACCUUAUGGGGAAGAUGUGAAAUGGUUGUUAAGAGUGUCGAAGCGUCUCGGCACACAAUACCUUCAUCAACUUUGUAUUUGUACAGUGAACAGCAUCGUUAGUCCUUUCGUUCUUCAUGACGUUGCAUUGGAAGCAGCGCUUUUUUUGGCUAGAAACAAUCGGGCUCUUGUACUUCAACAUUUGAGAUCUGCUCUUUUGGCUCCUCUUGUCCUUAAGUGUCAACAGAUGUACAUUCAGUGCAUGCAUCAGAAGUUAUACCACUUGACGGCAGGUGAGUACGAAGAUUUCGUCAACGUAGUGUGCGCGGCUAGAGCAGCGUUUCACAUCACUCCAGAGGGCCAUGUUCAGUUCAAGGAGCGGCUUCAGUCCAUCAAAAGAUCUCAAUCCUGUACCAAAGAACUGUGGACACAAAUUAAUGCAGCUCUACAACAGAACAGCAAAUGACACAGAGCGGAGCCAGGCGUGACGUGGCUCACUUCCCUUCCUCACCCUCCACCACCUCCGCCUCCUCCUCCUCCUCCACCAACGACGACAACAACCCUCGUGCUUCAGCACCAGCAUCCCUGUCAUCCUCAUCCACAGAGCGUCGUAUGCGUUCACGGUCUGGCUACUCUCGAUAAACUGGAACAGGAUCUCCAUAACGUACAUCAUCGACAUACGACUGUCACGUCUGUGGCAUCGAUCUCGAACGACCAUCGGACCAUCAGAGCUAGGGACGGCCGAUAAUCGCAUGUUUAUCUUCGCCCAUUUCAAGGAAGAGAAACCGGAUCGAUACCACCGAACUGGAAAAAUAUAUAUGACUAAUAUAAUGUAAAUGAUAAAAAGAAAAAGAAAAGGAAAUGAUGCCACGUUUUUUGCAACUUAGCAAUUUAGACGUCACGUAGUAGCAUAUUGAAGGCGCACCGUGUUGCGUACGUCGAUCGCUAAAGGCACCACUUUUUUCCUACGUUCCAAAAGAAUAAAAUUAAGAAAAUAAUUUUAACAAAUUAAAUAAUUGGAGGACUGAAAAAUAAGUAGAUAUAAGAAAAUGAAGGAAAAAAGGAGAGGACGAAACGUGAAAGCAUGAUCAAUGAAUCAAAAUUUCAGGUUUCGCCGGAUGCGAGUAAUCAUUCAGCGGGAUUCUAUCGAAGAAUCCUUGGUUUCAUAACUCGCGGAAACCUUUUCCUCUUUACUUUAGUUAAGAUUCAAUGAGAACGUCUUUAGUCUCGAUUAGAUAGGAAAUUUUAUUUUUCAUUCAUAGAUAGGAUGAAUUAUCUCGUGUUUUAUUUUAUUUUUGUAAACAAAAUAUAAGCAAAUUUUUAAACUAUCGAUAAACGCAUGUCUAUUUAUAUAAUGGAAAAAUGACGUACAGCAACUUAUUCUUUAAUACAUAAGAAAAUAAUGAACUUUACUUAAAUCAUAAAAGAAAACAAUGAUAAAAGAAAUUUUGUAUACAGAAGAGAAGAUAAUUUUUACUUUUCCAAAAAUGGCAACCGACCUGGUCCAUCAUUACUCUAACAUCAUCACCACAGCACCUAUCCUCUUUAUUUUUUUUUUUUCUUCGCCCCUUGGUUUAUGUAUUUUGCUAUUAAACAUAUUUUAGUUUCUCUAUUUGAAUUUUCUUCAGUCGCUAUUGUCUUUUAUUUUUAUUUUUUUUUUUUUUAAUUAUAUUGUAAGUGUAUAUUAUACACGUUUGCAAACAGCUCGUUUUUUUUUUGUCAUUAGCGACAAUCUAUAAACGAAAACAUGAUCUCUGUAAUUUCUAAAGUAAAAUAAUUUGAAUUAUAAAUAAAGCAAAAUUAUAGCUGAUAUCGAUGAUUCGAACUUGAGACACCUUUCCACAUUACGCUUUGUUAUGCAAAGAAAAUGAAAAUCAAUAAUUGCUAAAUUUGUACUUUGGCAGAGUAUAUUCCAUUUCCGUUUAUGUCGUUUUCAAUACAUUCAGUUAUAUUUCCUGAUGAAAUAAACGUUGUUUUUAUCCAUUCCGAUUAUCCCAUCAUCAAUCACGAUAUUUAAACAUAAAUCGUUAAGCAUAAAAUAAUUCAACAAAGAAUAACACACACUAUGUCUGCAUAUUAAAAAAAUUUAUUACAAUUAAAAAGAAAGAACUUUUAUCGCAAUUAAUACACAGUUAAGUUGAAGUAGCCUUUGGAAAAUUUAACAACUUGAAAUUUCAGAAUUUUUGGAAUUUCAAUUAAAUCACACGUUCUACAGAGUUCUACAUUUGUCUUACGUUGCGUGCUUUCCUUUCAUGAAGACGUUGAAUUAUUAAGGAAAGGAGGAUGUAAAAGAAGAAAUUUUAAAUUAUUAAGAAUUGCUGAUUACAUUUUUAUAAUCUAGGACAAGGAUGAUGUCGUCCUUCAAUUCUUAACUAAUAUAUCUUUUCUUUAAUAGUGCCGAGCGACUGAACGUACAUGUCUGUAGAUAGUAAGAGAAAAGAAAAAGAGAACUAUGGAAACCACCAUUACAUUAAGUCGACGUAUUCGUUUCAUUCGAGGGAGGAAGCAGAACAGAAUAAUAGUAAAUGGCACUGCCACUAAUCUAACCGCAACGGUGGUUAUGGAAAGAGCAAUAUUUAAGCGUUUUACGUGUUCUAGUGCGAUACCACGAGCAUCAAGAGUAUAGUACUGUUUCGUGUUUCUACAGAGUUAAGGUUCUCAGAGAGAAUUACUUGCAAAAAUAUCGAUUCAUCAUUCGAUAGUUCCUAAUUUCUAUUCGUCAAAAAUCAUCGAGCAGAAUUUAAUAACUUUGAAACGGUAAUAAAACACGUUAGGAAGAAAAUAAAAUAUUUAUUUACAAAAAAUUCGUUGAAAUUACAAUAAUCUUUCAAUUUCCUGUUUUCUCAUCUGUAGUUGUUUCGAUAGUUUAUCUCCACUGUUUGUUUGGUCGAUUAUAGUAAUCUUCUUUGCUCUAUUAUUAGCGUAAUCGUGGUUUUUGAAGAAGUGUGAGAUAUGUUUUGUCGAAAUCGUUUUCCCAAUGCAUCAACGAUAAUAUUUUAUCGACAUUGAAUUAUUUCUUCCAGAGCGCGAAAAAUAGCGUUGGAAUAAACAAAAACAAUACCGAUGAAAUCGUUUAAUCGAGAUCUGAAUUUUUACCGUCUUCUUCGUCCUCCAACGGAAGAAACUGAUAGACGAGCCUUAACUCUCGUAAAUUCCAUCCAAUUCGAAACGGGCAGGUAACCGCAAAUAUUGUACAAAUAAUUCGUGUCACAUUUAUAGGUAUGAAUUACUUAAGAUAGAGAGCGUUUUGCUCGUCAUCCUUCGAUAUACGGGGUGGUUUGAUAUAAAUUUUCGUCGAUGUAAUCGAGUAUUGAUUAUAUUAGUAAAUCGUUGAAAGGAAAUGAGACUUCGCCAUAUUGCCCAGUAAAUUAUUAAGACAAAUAAAUUGAUUAAAUUAUAUCAAUAUGACGAUACGUUGUUCAACAUUCUGAAAUUAAAUAUUAUUUCUAAUACAGACGCGUUUAAACUAUAAUUCUCAUUGUCUAUCGUACACGAUACAAUUCGAAAUAAUACUUCUCGUAUAGUACUGUUUUGAACAUUAUUUCAUCCGAUUGUGGGUUUAAAUAUCCGGUAUAAUUACAAGGGAUAGUUCGAUUUGAUGCAUUUUAUUCGCCACGUUGUAGUUUCGAAGGCAUACAAAUUGUACAAAACACGUUAUUUUCUAUGCUCCGAAUUUCCCGCUUCGUUUGAUCGAUCGAACGAUCCCUCGAAUGAUCUCAAGUCCACGAAGAAUUUUAAAUUAUCGUAAAAUGGUGGGUGAUGAGACACGUGUGUACAUUUCAUUUACCGCCCUGUAUGUACAUAAUAUGAAUACGAGCUACGAUUGUACGGUGAUCUAUAGAUGGUAAAAUUGUAUCCAUAAAAUGAAGUAGCGUUUGCUCUAGGCCCACUUCUCAGCGUGUGUGCAUAAUGUGCAUAUUACGAUAUCGAUUAAUAGCGAUUAUCCAUAGGCGUAAACAACCUCACUAGCCUACUUAGCAUUUAGAACGAUUCUAGCGAUUAACAAUCCCAUUUUUUCACUCAGACGUAAUGCGAAACUUUGAUCAGUCGCUGGAAGCAUCCUUUCAAGGAUCGAUUGUAAAAGAAAACGGAGAAAGAGAUCCCAAACUCGAACGUAGAACCGCUAGAUUCCCUUUGCUCCCUAAAGCGUGAUGUUUUUUCGAGUGAAACUUAGGUUAGAAUAAACCAAAUUGAAAUACUAUGAACGGUUUGUGGAAAUAUUUCAAAUAUUGCUGUCUCGAAUGAUGGUAAGCCAACUGUAAUCAUUAAAGUCGAAACGAGUUAGUAAUAAUCACGUAGAUUUCAUUCGAUCCAUCAUACAAGUCGAUUAUGUUUCUUUUUUGAUCAAGUUGUUCGUUAUCGUCGGGCUGUUUUCGACGAUUAUUAUCGAUAUUCAUUUAACGCGUGAACUUUAUGGUUGGAAAACAUCAACAUAGAAAAAACACUCACGUUUCUACAUGAAAGUGCGAAAAAGUUGGGACCUAACUGCUCUUGUCGUCCCAUGUUCAGCAGAUGUUCUAUGGUUCACCAAAUUAUGGAAAAACUUUUACAAGUCAGACGUGUUAAUAUCAAAAUUCAACUAUUUAACAAAUUGCAUUCAACUCACAUUCACAGUCAUCGGCCAAUAUUUAUAUUUAAAGAAAGAAGAUUUAGGUGUUCUUAGAACAUUUCCUGAACAUUAUUCUGUAUUACAUUAUUCUACUCCGUAUCUCUCAGUUUUAGAUGAAAAGCCGCGAAAAAAAAGAAAAGAUACAGAAGAAAGAAGAUAUAUGAGGCGAUAAAGUAUCUAUUUUUGCACUUGACUGAAAAAUGCUGAAGAAAAUUGCGAAGAAAAAAAAAGAAAAGAAGAAGAUGAAAAAAUAAGUUUCCUCUCGAUUCGAAGUAUUUAGUCAUUCGAUAGAAAUUAAAGAUUCUCCGUGACCCGAUCUUCUAUGAACAAAAGGUACAUACUUACAUAUAUUUAUACAUAGAAAUAACAAAAAAAGAGGGAGAGAAGAAGAAAAGAAAAACGCGAAGACGCAGGAUAAUGAAUAGAAAAUAAAAUCAAUGUCUGUAAAUAAUCGCAGGUCGUUCUUUUUCGCGCGCGGACAAAUCGACAGUACAUUUUUUUGUAUCGCUAAUCGCGCAGAUAAUUACCGAAUAAUCGCUGUAGACCAACGCUACCGGCAUCGAUCCUUGAUCGAGGCCGUGGCGUGACUUUAGAAUUUUUGUCUAGCUGUUAUUGCAAUUCGAGUUACACUAUAAGCUUCGUAGAAACACAAGGUCCGACGCGUGACGUCAUAAUUAUGUAUGCAUAAAUGAAACAGAGUGAAGUCGAUUUCAUUGGAAAAAGAAGGAGAGAUCUCUCCGAUUUUAAGGAAAAGAUUAAUGUAUUCAGUCGACAGCUAUAAGAUUGUACAUAUACGUUUACGGCCACAUUACACUAAUUAUAAGUAUAACGAGUUACUUAAAAAGCGUGUGCAGACAGAAAUUAGUCGAAGGUGAAACAACCUCGAAGAUAAGAUCUCUAUGAGUAUUUCUUUCUUUAAAAUCGUCUAUCGAGCGAGAUGAAAAAUAGAAAUAUAAAAAAAGCCAAGAUGGAAUAUAACGAAAUGGAUCGUUCUAUUUAAUGUUUUUCAUCUCUUUCGGAUGAUCGAUGAGAGAAAGGAGAACGUGCCCGCUGUUUCAUUGAACUUUGUGCGUUAAGUUCGUACAUAUAUUGUAAAUUGAGCGAAGAAGAGAGAAUGAUAGGGCUUUUGGGAUUUUCUGUAACGUUUAGACUCGCAAAUAGUAGGUUAUGCGAUUCUGUGUUCAAUCAAGGGAAAUAUUCGAGGUUAGGAUAUUGUCUCGACAGGUUCUUGUGAAUGCAAUUUUUGGAGACGCAUAGGUAUUCAGAAAGAUAAGAAAAAAGAAAACACUGAAUAACGCUCCAUCGAGUGUACUGCGAUGUAAUUUCGAGUAAUCGUAGUGUUUGCUUUUAAGGUGAAAAAGAAUAAGUUUUACAGCCUGCGAAGUUGCGUUACGAUAUAGUAUCGAUCAUUCCAUUGAAUCUGUCGCGAGUGAAAUUUUGCUCUUCGCUGUUGAUCAGAUUCCAUGAUAAUUAUAUAGUGUUCAUAUUCUAUUUGUAAAAUUUCCUUCUGACUUGCAUUCAUCGGACAGGAAAUACUGUACACUACAAGCGUGUGUCAUCUUCUCGAUUUCCAUAAACCGACUUAUCACAAGGAUAUAAUAAAAAUGAAAAUUAAUUAACGCAACCUCGAGGAACAUUUUUUUAGCAGAAUAUAUAAGUACGAAUAAAAGAAUUCUAUAAAGCAAGUCAUUUGGUUUCGCUGUACUUGAUUAACAUAGAUAAUCAAUAUAUUAUAACGUCUACUAAAUAAAUUCCGAUUUCUAAUUGCGUCCUUUGUCUGUUAUCUUUCUAUUGUAUCGAUCCACUGAAAUACAAUUUCUGAUUUCACAGGUUAA